UUUAUUUUUACGCGGAAAAGAAUUGUACGGAUACAAUUGUCUGAUCCUGGGAGUAACACCUGAUGGUGCAGUCUGGUUGUUCAGAAAAAACGGAGAAAUGCAAUCGAAAAAUUGACCUGGCUGUCGUGUUGGACGUUUCGGGGAGUAUAAAUGAGAAAACCUUCGGCCUUUCUAAGAACUUUACUAAGACGCUUCUAAGACGAUUCGAAAUAUCCAAGGAUAAUGUUCAUGUUUCACUUGUGACGUACUCAGAGUCGGUUAAGAUUUAUUCCACGUUUGAUGACAACCAGGAGGAAGAGGAGUUCGAGCGAAAAGUGAACAAUAUGUUUUUGGAAGGAGCUUCCACGGCGACAUCAAAAACCUUAACUAUAUUAAGUGAUCGUCUGUUUGUGCAAGAUUCUGGGUCGAGAAUCAAGGAGACAGAUGUAAAAAAAGUCGCUGUUGUCGUCACAGAUGGAUUCAGUUUUGUUGGACCCGGAAUCGUAAAACUGAGAGCCGAUGAAUUGAAAAACAGAGGAGUCGAAGUGUUUGCAAUCGGAGUCACCCAAAGAAUGGGGAAUGACGAGUUGAUAAAUUUAUCCAGCAAACCUGUUCACAAACAUUUCUUAAGGCUAACUAAUAAGGAAUCAAUCGAAAGAAUAACUGAUACCAUUGUCCAAGGCCUCUGCCAAUAG